AAAUCAAAGCCUUGUUAAGUUCACUUUAUUAUUCAAGUGACUCAUAUGUUUUAUACCUAAUUAAAUUAAGUGGCUAAUUGGAUUCUUGUUACGAGUUACGACUGACGUUGCAGUGUUGAGUUGUUUGAGCCGCGUAACGGCAUCUAGCAGCAGUCAGUUAGCAAACGCUUCUCAAUAUAAUACUUAGCAGUUAUUGCGAUAACAGAAAAAUGUUUUGGCAAAACGCGUUUUUAGCUGGUGUCUUACUGGUGACGAUUGUGAAAGAUGUAGAGAUGCACUCUUACCAUUUAGGGGUUUGCCCUGCAAUCGAGCCUCAAACUGAUUUUAAUAUGGACAGGAUGCUUGGUAUAUGGUACGUUAUAGAAAAAACCAGCACCGCCAGCUCCUGCAUUACUUACAACUUUACCAAAACAGACGAACCCGGUGAAUAUCAGAUUGAACAAGUGAGCCAACAUUUCCUGUUGGCCCUCACUCCAUUGAAACACGGCUAUCACUAUACUGGCACACUUCGGGUGCCCGACAGGGCUAUUCCGUCAAAGAUGACUGUUAGUUUUCCUUUAAGUGUAGCAGGAAAAUCCUCUUUCACAGUCUUCAUGACCGACUACGAAACUUAUGCGGGAAUAUUCACGUGCCAAAAAUUGACUUUUGCUCAUCGCCAAUCGGCUACAAUUCUGUCCAGGACCAGGUCGCUAGACAAAAUGUAUCUUGACAAAAUCAGAUCCAGAUUGUCUAAUGCUCAAAUCGAUCCAUUCGAACUGUCCUUGAUCAGUCAAAAUGAGUGUCCCAGAAAUUUGACUGCUGGAUACAACAUUAACAUCAACGAUGAAACUAUUUCUGCGAAGGCAGCAGCUGGUGUUAUUAGAAAAGCUGGAGAAAAAAUAGGUGAUGGUGUAGAGUACAUAGCUGGAAAGACCCAAGACGUAUACCAUAAAAUUUCAGACAAAGCUGAGGAUACCACUGGUAGAAUAAGGUCUGAAGCCAGCAGAUCUAUGGAUAAAGAUGCUGAAUGGUUACCAUAGACUAAUUAAUCAUUAAAAUACAUAUGUUUUUUGAUAAACAUUUAUUGUUAAGCUAGGUAUAACUACAAUUUUUUGUGUUGCAAGACUGUUUCAAAUUAGCGUUAAUUCGACAAAAUGAGGAGCUGAAGAUGGCUUUUUUAUGUAUGUAUUUUUUAAUAGACGUAUCUCGUGUG